ACCCGAACCGGCCUGGCCUAUAUAGCAAGUUCAAAGUAGAUAGAAGGGGAAUCCAGAACCCUAGCAAAGCAAAAUUUGCUGAUGGUCAAAGGUAAAAGUGUUUUCAAUCGAAAGAUAAUGACAGAAAAGAAGCAGUGGAAAUUAGUGUUACCAAACAAUCAAAAGGAAGAAGCGAAUAAGGAAUCCAGUUCAAGUACAACAAAAAAAAGGGCUAAUGGAGAUUUGUUUGUUCUUUCCGGAUGGGUCCAGCUGAAGAAAAAGAAAUCAGUACCUCCUAUUCUUCAUAUUCCCAAAGGUAUUCUUUUUCUUUGUUCAUACUAUUUAUUGCACUUGGAUACCCUAACACAUACUCCUAUGUAUCACUUCGCUUUCCGUGAGUACAAUUUUAAGUUUGAUCGAAAAUUUCGGCUCAAGUUUUUGUAUAUUUGAAAACUAGAUAAAAAGUACUUUAAAAGUACUUUAAGUUAUAAUAAUAAUUGACAAUUCAAAAGAUUUAAAAGAUAUAUAAAGAUAUUAUGGUCAAAAGUUAGAUUUGUUUGACACAUAAAUUGCGACGGAGGAGUAAUACAUAAAUCAUACUCCAACUCCCAAUAAAGCGUUUCUAUAAUUAAUUAAAACAAUUUCUGGUGAGAAUGGCAGUACAGAGGCGAUGGACAUUGGUCAAGAGGGAAUUCACUUCCCAGAGGAGAUACUUAUGGAUAUCCUCAGCAGGUUACCCGUGCGCUCUCUUCAACGAUUUAAAUGUGUUUCACCAUCUUGGAACGCAUUAAUAUCUGCUCGUUAUUUUGUUAUGAAGCAUCUUAGUCGCUCCAAGAGUGACCUUAAUUCCCAAAAACUUCUUACUAUCCGACGACCCACUAUAACAAAACUUGAGUUCACUCGGUAUUCUUUUUCAUCGUCGUCCGUUCAAGUGAUUGAGGAUGAACAAUCACUUUACUGGCCUCCUAACUGCAGACCAGCUUGGAUAAUACGCUGCUGUUAUGAUGGAUUGGUUCUUAUCUCAACUAUUGAUACAUCUGAUCAACGUACUAACGCCCCUCACCUUUUGCUUUGGAACCCUUCCACAAGAGAAUCAAUACUACUUCCGUCUCGAGAAAAUGCACUGAGCGAUUUGGUAUUUGGAUUGGGAUAUGAUGCAACUAGUGAUGACUAUAAGAUCCUUGCGGCAGACGUGAAUGGUGAAGAUUCUUUGAAGGAAGUAUCCGUUGAAAUUUUUCCUUUAAAAACUGGUUCCUGGAGAAAAAUUGGUAAAUAUCCUACUGGCAUGCAUCGUGUGUCGGAUCAUUUGAAUUAUGGCAUGUACUCUUUGACAUUUAUACAUGGAGCAUUUCAUUGGGUUGGUAGGUCAGCCUAUCAUACUAUCAUUUCAUUUAAUAUUUCAAAUGAGGUGUAUGGAGAAAUACCGCUGCUAUAGCAGAUGUACAGUAUGCACACGUAUGCACUUGGCCAUGUUGUUUAUACUCACAACUAUGGCGUUUCAGUGUUGAGAGGAAUGCUUUGCUAUUAUAUUAUGCCCAAGUAUUAUGGGUGGCCAUCCACUUUUAAGUUAUGGGCAAUGAAAGACUAUGGUGUCAAAGAAUCUUGGAUUCAAUUGCAUGAAAUAAGAGAUAUCAAAGGUCUUAUUUCAGUCGCACCACAAUAUAUGUUUGCGGAUGAUGAUGUGCUACUACGCUUCAUACAGUCUGCAUCCAGUACUUCUCUGUAUUGGACAUCCAAAAGAGCAGGUACACUCAUUCACCUAUGCUAGCUGUGUGAUAAACAAAGAUAAUGUAUUGAGGCUAAAUAGGCAAUGUUUCUUUGCCAAUUCCAAACCUCUGCUUUGUGGUCUCCUCUUCAUAUUUGGUGGUAAAAGUGUUGCAAACCCAAAGAGGAACUAGUUUUAAGUAUUUCACAGUAAGCGCGGACGACAUUCAUUAUCUAUUUACAAAAUGAAUAGAUUCUCAAGUUAGAGCUCCUUUGCAAGUUGUGAGAUCGGGCCGCCUCACUAUUUUCUUGGGGUGCAGGUUUGUUGCUCGCUUGAUGGGAUUUGACUUUCUCAACACCAAUAUAUGUAUUCGCAACAUUCUGUCCAAGGCAGGUUUGCUUACUUGCAAGCCACUCGAUCGCUUCACCUAUGGAAACCAAUCUGAAACUUUAUAAAGGUGAUGACUCGCCCUUUGACGAUGCCAGCUUGUAUCGACAUAUUGUUGGGCCAUUAUAGUACUUGAUAUUGACUCACCAGGACAUCUAUCUCCUUUACGGUCAAUAAAGAUUUGCCAAUCCAUGCCUAGUCCCUCUUUGGACCAUUGGGUUGUGGUUAAGCGUAUUCCCUUCUAUCUUGAGCUCCCAUCUUAUGGUGUGAUAAUAUUGAUGCUCCCUAUCUCUCUCCAUCAAUCCCGUGUUUCACUCUUGCACUACACAUUCAAAUUGACUUUCAUUUUGUUCAGAAUAAAUUUGUGCGACGUGAUUUUGCUAUUCUGUUUCUUGUGUAAGGAUCAAGUGGUAGAUGUAUUCACUGAGCUUCUUUCAGAGACUUGUUUUCAGUUUUUGCAUGACAAACUCAAGGUGCAUGAGUCACCUUGAGUUUGCAAUGGGGGUAUCUGGUCAUGACAAUCCUCGCUGACUAGGACUUGUCUCUUUUUCUAAAUAGAAUGUUAUUUUCUAUGCAUGUACUCUUUCUCUAUUAAUUUAGAACUCCAGUAUAUAAAAAUACGCUCAUUGUUGUGUAAACUAAAAUAAGAAAGCUUAUGCCUAUUUUA